GAGAGAGAGAGAGACAGAAGAAGCGUCUCGGUUUUAACUCCCGACAGGCAGCAGCACACACGACGCACCAACCAGCGACAGCAAAGCCCAGAGACCUCAGCUGCAGCAGCUCACAACUCUCACCCCUCCCUCUCUCUCUCUCUCUAGCUCCUUCUCUCUCUACUAGUAGGACUAGACGGGGUCCUUGGCCUCCGUGUUGCUGCUGCUUCUAGUCUAGCUUGUCGGGACGGGGGCGCCGCCGCCGCUCGCUGGGGCACGGCAGCUUUGUGGAAGAGCCCGGCCGGCCAUCCAGCCAGCCGGCGACCGGGACCCAGACGGCGGAAAGGAGCGAAAAAAGAAGAGCUCGGCGCCGCGCGCGCUCCUCCGUGACCCAUGCGCGCGAGCCGCCGAAGCUAGCAAGCUCCCGCGUGGAAGGCGGCCAUGGCGCAGUCGCCGGCGAGCUCCGCCGUCGUCGGUGCUUCCGCUCCGAGCGAAGGGGAGCGGAAGGCGCCGGCGAUCAACGGGGAGCUGUGGCACGCCUGCGCGGGCCCGCUGGUGUCGCUGCCGCCGGUGGGCAGCCUCGUCGUCUACUUCCCCCAAGGCCACAGCGAGCAGGUUGCAGCUUCUAUGCAAAAGGAUGUCGAAGCGCACGUGCCGAGCUACCCCAACCUUCCCUCGAAGCUGAUAUGUCUUCUGCACAGCGUCACUUUGCAAGCAGAUCCGGACACUGAUGAGGUGUAUGCGCAGAUGACUCUUCAGCCAGUGAAUACAUAUGCAAAAGAGGCGUUGCAGCUGUCAGAGCUUGCACUAAGACAAGCGAGGCCACAGAUGGAGUUCUUCUGCAAGACGCUCACCGCGAGCGAUACAAGCACACACGGAGGCUUCUCUGUGCCUCGCCGUGCCGCGGAGAAGAUAUUCCCUUCCCUGGAUUUCUCGUUGCAGCCUCCGUGCCAAGAGUUGCAGGCCAGAGAUAUACAUGACAAUGUGUGGACAUUCCGCCAUAUAUUUCGGGGUCAGCCCAAAAGACAUUUACUUACUACUGGUUGGAGCCUCUUUGUGAGCGGCAAGAAGCUAUUUGCUGGUGAUUCUGUCAUAUUUGUUAGAGAUGAAAAACAGCAACUUCUACUGGGAAUCAGACGCGCUAACCGACAACCCACAAACAUAUCGUCUUCGGUCCUUUCAAGCGACAGUAUGCAUAUAGGGGUCCUUGCUGCAGCUGCACAUGCUUCUGCCAACACCAGCCCAUUUACCAUAUUUUAUAAUCCUAGGGCCAGUCCUACUGAAUUUGUUAUCCCAUUUGCCAAAUACCAGAAGGCAAUGUAUAGUAAUCAGAUCUCUUUGGGGAUGCGUUUCCGCAUGAUGUGCGAGACCGAGGAAUUAGGAACAAGACGGUACAUGGGUACGAUAACUGGAAUAAGUGAUCUAGAUCCAGUGAGAUGGAAAAAUUCCCAGUGGCGUAGCUUACAGGUUGGGUGGGACGAGUCGGCUGCAGGAGAAAGGAGGAACAGAGUAUCAAUCUGGGAGAUCGAACCGCUUGCUGCUCCCUUUUUCAUAUGUCCACAGCCAUUUUUCGGUGUGAAGCGCCCUAGGCAAUUAGAUGAUGAGUCAUUAGAGAUGGAAAAUCUUUUCAAGAGAGCAAUGCCUUGGCUUGGUGAGGAGGUAUGCAUAAAGGACCCUCAAACCCAGAGCGCUACAAUGCCCGGCCUGAGUUUGGUUCAGUGGAUGAACAUGAACCGGCAGCAGAGCUCCUCAUUAGCUAGCACAUCAAUGCAGUCCGAGUAUCUCCGAUCUGCGAGUAACCCUGCGAUGCAAAAUAUUGGUGCUGCCGAUCUUGCAAGGCAGUUAUAUAUGCAGAACCAUAUACUACAACAGAAUAGCAUGCAGUUUAAUCCUCCCAAGCUCCAUCAGCAAAUGAAACCUAUUAAUGAUUUGUCAAAUGCAGCACUUCCAUUGAAUCAACUAGGUGCCAUCAGAAAUCACCAAGAUCAGAAGCAAGAUCAGCAGAGGCAACAGCAGUCCAGUAUCCAAGCAAUUCCCCUAAGCCAGGCCCAGGCUCAAACUAAUAUUGUCCAGGCACAAGUAAUUCUCCAGAAUCAGAUGCAGCAACAAAAACAACCACCACCAUCUCCAACUCAAAACCAGCAUGGGGCCAGUGGCCAACACCUGCUUCAGUCUCAUCAACUGCAGGACCAGAAUUUGCAAAUGCAGCAGCAACAGCUUUUACUUCACCAACAGUUACAGCAGCAGCAGCAGCAGCAGCUAAAUAAGUUGCCUGGGCAGCUAGCUAAUCUGGCAAGUCAGCAAACACAACUGUCUGAUCAGGAACUCCACUUGCAGCUGUUACAGAAACUACAGCAGCAGUCACUGAUGUCACAAUCCGCAGUUACACUCUCACGAUUACCAAUAAUCCAAGAGCAGCAAAAUUUUCUUGUAGAAAUGCAACAGCAGUUGUCGAAUUCACAUUCACUUGCCCAACAACAAGUGAUGCCCCAACAAGACUGCAGAACUUCUUCACUGCAGACAACACAACUGCCACCGCCCAUUCAGCAAGAGCAGCAACAGCAGAAGCCUUCACAGAAACAAGUUGCACCUACAUAUGUGUCAGAAGCUGCCUUUCCACAGAUCUCUUCCACCAGUGUGAUCCCAAAAACUGGUAACACUAUGAUAGUUCCCGGUGCUGCACAAUCUGCACUUACAGAAGAAAUACCUUCUUGCUCAACAUCCCCUUCUACAGCUAAUGGCAGCCAUCUUGCACAGCCAACCAUUGGCAGGAAUGAGCAUUGCAAAAUCAGCACAGAGAAGGUGCCACACUCUACUGCUCAGAUGUCAAUUCUGACCCCCAUUGAAGCUGUAUCAGUAACUCCAGUAACGACCAAGGAAUUGCCAAAGUUAAAUAAUAGUGUUAAGUCAAGUGCGAUCUCCUCAAAAUUACCAAAUGUUGUGUCCGGCCUUCAAAAUUUUAUGAACAAUGCACUGCCAACAGACAACCUGGAAACAGCUUCGUCAGCAACUUCAUUAUGGCCUUCACAAUCAGAUGGACUUCUGCACCAAGGUUUCGCCACUUCUAAUUUCAACCAGCACCAGAUGUUCAAAGAUGAACUUCCUGAUGUAGAAAUUCAAGGUGUGGACCCAAGUAACAGUGCCCUCUUUGGGAUGAACAGUGAUGGCCCAUUAGGGUUUCCUAUGGAAACAGAAGGCUUGUUGGAAAAUGCACUUGAUUCUGUGAAGUAUCAGAAUCAUUUCUCAACUGAUGAUGAGAACAACUACCGGAUGCAAAAGGAUGCCCGUCAAGAGAUAUCAACCUCCAUGGUUUCACAGUCAUUUGGUCAAUCAGAUAUGGCUUUUAAUUCCAUCGAUUCUGCAAUUAAUGAUGGCGCCUUAAUGAACAGAAAUUCUUGGCCUCCUGCCGCUCCACCACAGAGGAUGCGUACAUUCACCAAGGUGUACAAGCGUGGAGCUGUUGGCCGGUCCAUUGACAUUGGUAGGUUCUCUGGAUAUGGAGAACUGAAUCAAGCUUUGGCCCGCAUGUUUGGUAUAGAGGGGCAACUUGAAGACCGACAGAGAAUAGGUUGGAAGCUAGUCUACACAGAUCAUGAGGACGACGUCCUACUUCUUGGUGAUGACCCAUGGGAGGAGUUUGUGAAUUGCGUUAAGUGCAUUAGGAUCCUAUCCCCUCAAGAAGUGCAAAAGAUGAGCCUGGAUGGUGAUUUGGGGAGCAAUGUCCUGCCCAACCAGGCUUGCAGCAGCUCAGAUGGAGGGAAUACUUGGAAGCCUCGUUACGACCAGAACUCCGGGAACCCUUCCAUCGGCCCCUAUGACCAAUUCGAAUGACCUGACUUAGAGGUGCAUUCACAUAGCUGUCAUUUUAACAUGUUGGUUAGUUGUUGUACUCACUAUUUGUCUUCGCCAUUACGGAUUCAUGUGUAUUACAGCCAUCAUCAAAGCUGCAAAAGAAAUGCAGUGAAGCAUGUAGUGUAGAUGCGUCAGCUUAUAGCUGUGAGGGAAAAUGCUCCUCAGAUUAGCUUUUCUUUUGGAUAUAUAUGUAGUUUUAUCAGUUGAAACGAGUAGUAGGAAUGAGAACUGAAAGCUUGCCCAGAGUUGUUAGAGACCUGAGACAGAGGGUUAGGCAAAUCUGAAGAUAGUAUGUUCUUGGGAAGAACAUUUGUACUGGACUAUUGUUGGGUUGUGUGUAGCCCUUGUUAAGGUCAAUAUUCUCAAACAGAAACUGCUAGGUUUACUAAAAAAUGAAACUGCGAUAACAAGUUUCUAUGUA